AUGAUUAUGGUGGCAAUGGUUAGCGGCGCUCAAAUCGAUACCAAAUAUUAUGAAUACAGUAUUGACGACUAUAUGAAAGUAAAAGAGUCGCGAAAUUUCACGGGAAAAGUAGUUUUGACGACCGGCUCGUCGUCGGGCAUCGGAGAGGGUAUUGUCAAACUGUUUGCAAUACUCGGCGCACAUGUGGUCGUCACCGGACGUAACCAAACCGAGAUCGACAUUGUGGCCAAAGAGGUGCAGCAGUUGUCGCCCCACCAGUUAAAACCAUUGAAAAUAAAGGCCGAUUUGACCAAAACUAGUGAAAUGCAGUUUCUAUUGCACGAAACGAUCAAAACGUACGGAAAACUUGACGUUUUGGUGAAUAACGCGGGCAUCGGAUCAAUGGCUCAGUUGAUGGACAAAGACUUUAUGAAAUCAUACGACAGUGUCUUCAGUAUAGACCUGCGGGCAGUGGUUGAGCUCAACCGUCUGGCCGUCCCUUAUCUCAAUCAAACCAACGGCACUAUUAUACACAUCUCCAGUAUGUGUACUCACGCACCCACUAACUAUGGUUUAGAUUACUCGAUGGCCAAAGAGGCCAUGAAUAUGAUGACCCGAGUGAUGGCUAUGGAGUUGGGCCCAUUCAUUCGUGUUAACACAUUA